AUCCCAAAGGAGGAAGUUGAACCGGCCUCGUGGAAAUCCUACGGGACGUACCCAUCUUCUCACAACCGAACCGAAAUAUUCAAGUACUCCCUACCAAAUUGUGGGAUCCAACAUUUAUGGCUCUGCUUACUUUCACCACGCUGGCUGGCGGCGCAGUCACAACCUUUAUCGUCUAUUAUGUCGGUCUUAUUAUCUAUCGGCUGUAUUUCCAUCCCUUGGCGAAGUUUCCGGGACCGAGGAUCGCGGCCGCCAGUCUGUGGUACGAGUUCUAUUACGAUGUUGUCUUGAGGGGUAAAUUCAUAUGGAGAAUCCAGGAGAUGCACAAACAGUAUGGGCCAAUUAUUCGAAUAAAUCCAGACGAGCUGCACAUCGAUGAUCCGGAUUACUAUGAUGAGAUCUAUGGAUCCACCACAAAGAAGCGAGACAAGUAUGGUCCUUGGGUAGCUUUGGCUGGCACUCCUGGUGCCAGCUUUUCAACUGUUGGACAUGAUCAUCAUAAACUGCGACGAGGCGCUCUGAAUCCAUUUUUUUCUACGAAAGCGGUUGCAGAGCUAGAACCUGUGGUGAAAGCCAAGGUAGAGAUCUUGGCCAGUCGAUUUGAGCAGGCCCAGCAGACAGGAGAAGUCAUCAAAGUGGAUGCAGCAUUCAUGGCUUUGACUAUGGAUGUCAUAUGUCAAUAUGCGUUUGCAAACGAUGAUAACAUGUUGUCGAAAGACGACUUCAAUCUAGCGUGGAAGGAGAUGAUCAUCGGUGCUUUUGAAGGAGGAGCCCUGUUAAGACAAUUCCCUGGGAUGAUAGCGAUGAUGAAUGCGGUUCCAGAUAGCCUGAUGGGUAUCAUGAUGCCAAGUAUGAGCUUGAUGCUGGAUUGGAAAGCAGGUGUGCGAAGAAGAGUGACGCCAAUAUUGAAUCGAACAGAGAGUAUUUCCGAUAUUGAGAAUGCUUCUCAUAGAACCAUCUUCCACGAGCUACGCGAUAGUGGCCUACCGCCGGAAGAGAAGACUAUGGCUAGACUAUGUGACGAAGGACAAAUACUCACUGGGGCUGGGAGCGAAACCACUGCAAAAGCGUUAACGACAGCUACUUUCUAUCUUUUGGAACACAAGCAAUCGUUGGAGAAACUGAAGCACGAACUUAAAGAUGUAGCUCCAGAUGCUGACACGUCUGCGAAAUUAUCACAGCUUCCUUACUUGUCAGCUAUGAUUGCCGAAGCACUUAGGCUAUCUCAUGGAGUGACUACGAGAUUGCCUCGCAUAGCAACGGAUGAGAUCAUGAGAUACAAAGAUUGGGAGAUUCCAUUUGGGACGCCAGUCAGCUCAACAGCAUAUUUCAUUCUCAUGAAUUCUAAGAUCUUUCCAAACCCAAAAGACUUCAAACCUGAGAGAUGGAUUGAUGCUACUGGAAGGUUUGACUACGCACUCGAGAAGAAAUAUCUUGUCAACUUUGGACGGGGCAGCAGGCAGUGUUUGGGCAUGAACUUGGCGUACGCGGAGAUGUACCUCACUUUAGCAACCCUGGUACGGCGGUUUGAUAUGGAGCUAUUUGAGACUGCCGUAGAGGACGUGACAAUGGUCCAUGACUUCUUCGUUGCUGUUCCAAAGCUAGACUCGAAGGGUGUUAGAAUCAAGGUAACAAAAGCUUCGUAACAGACAUUUAAAGAUAAUAGCAAAUAUCAUCUGGACUAAUACAGCUUUUCU